AUGGUCGCCACGCUCUUCUCCACCUCCCUCUCACCUCGCUUCCUGGCCCUAUCCUCCCCAAAGCCCGCUGCGACCAUGGCCUCCGCCUUCCUCCCUUUUAGGCUGUUGCUGUGCGUCGUUUCGGCACCGGGGCAGCUGGUGUUUGAGCCUGUGGCCGUCGCGGUGCCGUCCGAGUACGAGACCGAGGGCGUGGAGGAGGAGGAGGAGGAGGGAGCCGAGGAGUUCUCCGAGGACCUGAAGCUGUUCGUCGGGAACCUGCCCUUCAGCAUCGACAGCGCGCAGCUCGUCAGGCUCUUCGAGCAGGUCGGCUCCGUCGAGAUGGUCGAGGUUGUAUAUGAUAGAAUGACUGGAUAAUGAAGCCAUGGAUUUGGAUUCGUGACAAUGUCUUCAGCUGAAGAAGCCGGAGCUGCUGUUGAGCAAUUCAACGGUUAUGCAUUUCAAAGCAGACCACUAAGGGUGAACUCUGGGCCACCAUCGCCUAGGGAUGACUCUGCACCAAGAGCACCAAGGGGUGGUGGAGGUGGUGGAAACAUUGUCGAUUCAGGAAACAAGAUCUACGUAGCAGGGAACCUCGCAUGGGGUGUCAACAACUCGACGCUUGAGAACCUGUUCAGCGAGCAAGGGCGGGUGCUUGACGCUAAGGUCACCUAUGACAGGGAGAGUGGCAGAUCAAGAGGAUUUGGUUUUGUCACCUAUGGCUCUGCUGAGGAGGUCAACAAUGCCAUAUCAAACCUUGAUCCAAUCGACUUGGAUGGCAGGCAGAUCCGAGUCACGGUUGCGGAAUCAAAGUCAAGGCGUGAAUUUUGA